AUGGACGGUUUACCGGUGGACAUGGCGGAAGAAGACGUUGGGCAACUCCUUCCCUCCCUUUCUGCUGAGAGUCGACGUGAUCAACAGAUUUCGCAAGAAUUGAAAGAAUUCUACUAUAUCGAGGGCUUGGAGGAAGUCCGUGUCAUUCGAGAUCGCCAGACUAAAAUAUCUCGCCAGUUGGGCUUUCUUCGAUUCCGAAGUCUGAACCACUCUCGUUCGUUUGUUGAACAGAAUUUCCCAACGAUAUACUUGUGUGGACCGAGGGCGCAGGACGACCGUGGUACCCCAGUGCGCAUCGCGUACAGCCGGGAAAGGGAGGACCGCGCUAAAGCUAGGGCUGAAGGAGAUUGGACAUGCAUGAUGUGCGCUAUUGUCAAUUAUUCCACCCGAAAUAAGUGUUUCCGAUGCCAGGCACCGCGACCAGACGCCGGACCCGCCGGCCCUCCGGGUAUAGUUGCUGCGUCUCGAGUAGACAACCACGGCGACAACGAUGCUGCUCCGGAUAAUCAACCCUCUCAAUUCCUGCUUUUCCGGGGGCUUGAAACUUCGGUAACCGAAGAGCUCCUGGCCAAGGGGGUCGCCAAGCUCUAUCGUCCAAAUUCGGAAGGCACUCCCGGUAACCAGAAGAAAGGUGCCAAAGUGGCUUCGACCACCGGCGACUCUAACCUCGGAGCUCGUGAUGGUUCAAUACGACGUGUGCUAUUAGUACGAGACCGCAGAAGUAACGAGAGCUGGCGGUAUGGGUUCGCAGAAUUUGCUACGAUUCAGGAUGCGCAAGCGGCUGUUUCACGGCUUCACUCAUUUGAAAAGUUUACCAUCUCAUCUAGGCCAGUGAUGGUUAGCUAUAUUCACGCAGGUGUUUUCGUGCCGGUCAUGAACCCGACUGCCAGUACCGAAAGAUUUACUUUCAGCCCUCUGAACAACCCAGCCAUGAAACUGAUGUACUGGGAUGAGGAUGCAUAUGUUAAUGAGCUUACGGUAUCGACUGACCCAGAACCCCAGCAAGCGCCAAAAAACGAUAAACCGACGGGCCAGUCCGAGACGAAAUCCAAAGAGGCGGCCGAUAAAGCGAAGAAGCGAAAAGCUGAUCCCGCUUCCAGCGCCACGGGAGCUAAAAAGAUGGCAAUGCCGUCUCAUCUCCAGUUCUGGAGUAACCGUCAUGCGGAAUUACACGGCAUCCAAAAAAAGGAUACUGACGAACAAGUCGCUGGAGACCAAAACCCGCCCGAUACAGCCGCUCCGCCGCGUCAGUCAUACGCCGACCCCAACCGGAAUUGUUGCUAUCUCUGCAUGCGACAAUUCAAGGCUACGACAGAGGUCAACCGCCACGAACGAUUGAGUCAGCUCCACCGCGGUAACCUGCAGAAAGAGGAGCUCGUCACCAAAGCCACAAACAAGCUCAUAAAACACGGUAUCAUCCCACAACCGCCCGAGUACCGAGACCGCGCACGCGAGCGUCGCAAGGCUUUCGGCCGCUCCAAGAACGCCGCAACGGCAAAAUCGGCUCCAGCAGUGGAACGCGAGCCAUCACCGCCAGCGGAAACAGCGUCAAAGGGCGCCUCGCUCCUCAGCAAAAUGGGCUGGUCUGCGGGCACCGGGCUAGGCGCACAAGGCACAGGAAUGACAGCUCCCAUCACAACAGAAGUCUACGCGCAAGGCGUCGGGUUAGGAGCGCAAGGAAGCAAACUUGGCGAGGCCAGCGAGGAAGCCGGCCGCAACACUCGCGGCCGAUAUGAUGAGUUUCUGGAGAAAACAAGACAGACAGCGCGAAACCGAUACGAGCAAAUGGGCAAGUGA